CAACCUCUCCAACUUCACAGCUCCAAGCUCCAAGCUCCAACCUCCACCACCCGCCCCGACCUCAAACCUCGACCUCGACCGAACCGGGCCCCAUCUCCAACUCCGAACACCGAACAACCGGGCCCUAUAAUCGGAAGGCGACCACAAAAUGCGCGGCCAGUCUCCCCUGGUCAGGGCGGCGCGGACUGCGCGACUGACUAGAAUCUCGACGACGACACCUCUACUAAACCCCCGAACCAACUUCGUCUGCUGGCAAUGUCGCACCAUCCAGAUAAGCGCCAAGCCCGCCACCGACAACCGUCCCGCGCCCGACGUCUUUGACGCCCUCCCCGGCGGCCCGCGUGACUCGGCCGACGCCCGCUUCGAAGUGAUCGGCUCGCCCGCCUCGCUCCUCUCGGUGACCCUCUCCGCCUCUCAACGCCUUUACACCCGUCGGGGCACCCUCGUCUCGGUAGCCGGCAAGGUCGAAAACGCCCAAUCGACCCUCUCCAUCCUCUCCCCCCUCACACGCGCCUUCCUGGGUGUUCCCUUCCUCUACCAGCGCAUCUCCUCGACGACGCCCAUCACCGCCCUAAUAGGCACCAAGUCACCCAACACUAGCUUCUCGGUCCUCCACCUCGACGGAACAACCGAUUACAUGAUCGCGCAGCGCAACGCUUUGCUCGCCUGGACGGGCCACACGAUCCGCGUCUCGCCGCGCAUCCAACAGGGUCUUGCCCCCGCCAACUGGGGCGCCACGCACGUUACCGGGCGCGGCCUGGUGGCUUUGGCGUCCCCGGGGCAAAUUUACGAGUUGACGCUUGCCGAAGGCGAAGAACUCACACUCCACCCCUCCCACGUCGUCGCUUACUCCAUCACCCGCAACCCGCCUUUGCCGUUCCGGUUCAAGAGCACCCGGCUCAACCUACAAGUGCCCUCCGUCCCCGACUACGUCAGCAACGCGGCCGGCAAGCUGGUUCCCGCCAAGGUGUCGGAGUUCUUCGCCAAGGCGAGGGAUACCCAGUUCUACACUGCCUUGGCAAGGAUACUGUACGGCCUGAAGACAGCGACAAGGAGGACGAUCUGGGGCGACAGGCUAUUCCUGCAGUUCCGCGGGCCGACGAAUAUCCUCAUGUCCAGCAGGGGCGUCAGGGUGGCGGAUGUGUUGAGCAGGGAGGAUAUCAAUGAGAUUGCGGAUACCGAGGCGGGGGUUGUUGGCAAGGCUCUUGGUUCUUCUAGGAUUGAGAAGGCCAAGGCUUUGGAACAAAAGAAGAAGGAGGUGCCGCCUCUGGUGGUGGGUGAGACGGCGGCUGGUGAAAAGGUCGCUCCUGUUGAGGCUCCCUUUGCUUCGGCGAGCAGCACUGACUUUGCUGAGGAGGCCAAGACUCCUGCUGAUAAGGUUAUUGAGGAGGUUGCGGGUGAGGAAGAGGAGGUGAAGAAGGAGGCUGAGGCUGGUGCUGAGACUAAGCCUGUCAAGAUGAGGGUUGCGAGCGUUGGUAAGGAUGGGAAGGUCACGUUUGAGGAGUCUAAGGACUUGAACCAGUUCGUGCGGUAAGCGGGUGGUUGUAGGCUGUAGGUUGUAGGUUGUAGGUUGUAGGUUGGAUGCGGGGGCUGUAAUUUUCUUUUCUUCUUCUUUUUCUUUGUUGUUGUAACGAUAGAACAAACGUGCAUAGGUAUUCAUGAAGAA